GGCAGCACGAAAGAAAAACGGAGGGGUAGACCAGCAUUACCACCGCCGACUUUAGCAGGGAACCCCGUUUUUCUUCCCUGUUUUUGUGUGUAGUAACUGUUGCUCACCUUUUUUUGCAGCAAAAUGUGAGACGUAGGAGUGCUGUUCAGGGGAUGGAGCAAACAGACUGGGGAUCGUAUUACACUUUUUCAGACUUUUCAUUGCCAGUUUUUUUUCCUUCCUAAAAGUGGGGGGAUGGUGGCUUUGUCGCUCGCUUUCUGCGUUUAAAUCAGUUUCUCUCUCUGUUGCGCAAAAACACGGAGAAUAUUUUGGUAAAGAAUUUUAUAUAUUUUACCAAAUUGAAAUUUUACUAAUCUAAACUCGGUACGGAUGAAAAUAAUGAAGGACAAUACAAAAAUUGACGCACGGCUUAUGAAAAAGAAGAAACCUGUGGUUUGCAACAAAAUACUAUUUCUUUCGGUUGGAGUAAAAUCAUGCAUCAUUCAUUGCUGACUUAACGGCUUCGUUACUGAGCUUUGUGUUUUCUUUUCAACGUCGCUCUAAGUUACAGAAACUGGGAAAGUUUUUACUCUAGCGGACGCAAAGUUACACUGCUCCAGUCUCCAAGAUGUCUUCCCGGAGGUACUCCUUUGUUGAAAGAUUUGGGAUGCUUUGGUUAUGGCUUGCCUCCUUUUUGUGUAACCGCCUGGUUACUGCACAGAAAAACGAAUCCGUUUUUAACGAUUAUUGUAAGAAAACAUCGACUUGUGAAGCUCUGAAAUACAACACUUGCCUUGGUUCACCGUUACCUUACACUCACACGUCUCUGAUUCUGACGGAGGAUUCGAACACCCAAGAAGAAGCUUUUGAGAAGUUAGCCAUGUGGUCUGGUUUGAGGAACGCCCCCGGGUGCUGGGCCGUCAUUCAGCCACUGCUCUGUGCCGUCUACAUGCCGAAGUGUGAGAACGGCAGGGUGGAACUGCCCAGCCAGAGUCUGUGCCAGGCCACACGCCGGCCCUGCGGCAUCGUGGAGCGCGAGAGGGGGUGGCCCACCUUCCUGCAGUGCACCCCCGACAAGUUCCCCGUGGGGUGCCAGAACGAGGUGCAGAAGAUCAAGUUCAACACGUCGGGCCACUGCGAGGCCCCGCUGGUGAAGACGGAAAAUGAGAACAGCUGGUACGAGGACGUGGAGGGCUGCGGCAUCCAGUGCAACAACCCGCUGUUCACCGAGGACGAGCACUCGGACAUGCACGCCUACAUCGCCCUCUUCGGCUCCAUCACGCUCUUCUGCACCUUCUUCACCCUGGCCACCUUCCUGGCGGACUGGAAGAACUCCAACCGCUACCCGGCCGUGAUCCUGUUCUACGUCAACGCCUGCUUCUUCAUCGGGAGCAUCGGCUGGCUGGCGCAGUUCAUGGACGGAGCUCGCAGGGAGAUCGUGUGCAAGAGCGACAACACCAUGCGGCUGGGGGAGCCCACCUCCACAGAGACGCUGUCCUGCGUCAUCAUCUUCGUCAUUGUGUACUACUCCCUGAUGUCCGGGGUGAUCUGGUUUGUCAUGCUCACCUACGCCUGGCACACCUCCUUCAAGGCCCUGGGCACCACCCACCAGCCUCUGUCCGGGAAGACCUCUUACUUCCACCUGGUCACCUGGUCCAUUCCCUUUGUACUCACCGUGGCCAUACUGGCAAUAGCACAGGUGGAUGGGGACUCGGUUAGUGGAAUCUGCUUUGUCGGGUACAAGAACUACCACUAUCGCGCCGGGUUUGUGCUGGCUCCUAUCGGACUCGUUCUCAUCAUCGGCGGCUACUUCCUCAUCCAGGGUGUCAUGACGCUGUUUUCAAUUAAAAGCAACCACCCGGGACUUCUGAGUGAAAAGGCAGCUAGCAAAAUCAAUGAAACCAUGCUCAGACUGGGAAUAUUUGGAUUCCUGGCUUUCGGCUUUGUUUUCAUCACUUUCGGCUGCCAUUUCUACGACUUCUUCAACCAGGCAGAGUGGGAGAGGAGCUUCAGAGAAUACGUGUUCUGUGAGGCCAACGUGACGAUCGCCCACCAGACCAACAAGCCGAUCCCAGAGUGUGCGAUCAAGAACAGGCCCAGCUUGCUGGUGGAGAAGAUCAACCUCUUCGCCAUGUUCGGCACCGGCAUCUCCAUGAGCACCUGGGUGUGGACCAAAGCCACUCUGCUCAUCUGGAAGCGCACCUGGUUCAGGAUCAUUGGCCGCAGCGAUGAUGAGCCGAAGCGCAUUAAAAAGAGUAAGAUGAUCGCCAAGGCCUUCUCCAAACGCAAGGAGCUGCAGCAGGACCCGGAGAAGGAGCUCUCCUUCAGCAUGCACACCGUCUCCCAUGACGGUCCCGUGGCUGGAAUUAACUUUGAUCUGAACGAGCCGUCGGUGGACAUGUCCUCCGCGUGGGCCCAGCACGUCACCAAAAUGGUGGCCAGGAGAGGAGCCAUUUUGCCCCAGGACAUCUCCAUCACGCCCACCGGAACUCCAGUGCCUCCUGAUGACAGGAAGAGCCAGCUCUGGAUGGUGGAGGCGGAAAUCUCGCCAGAGAUGAUGAAGAAGAAGAGGAAAAAGAAGAGGAGGAAGAAGGAGGUGCGCCCCCUGGAGGCCGCGGAGGAGCCCCAUGAGCAGGGCCAGCGUCGGGACUGUGCCACCAGCUCCGUACCUCGGCUGCCCAGGCUACCCUUCCACAGGAGCCUGGUGGCCAACGGCCGCGAGCAGCACCAGGAGGACCUGCUUCCCGGCUCCUUCCCAGAAUUCCCUCCCUCUCACCCCCUGCCCUACCCGGAGAGGUACGCUGGCCUGGUGGCCCCCUCCAGCCACCGCCUGCACCCGGACGCCGACCCCCUGUCUCUUAGCAACAGGCAGCCCGAUGGGCGGGGCCUCAGGGGGAGCAGUCUCGCCUGCGCCCCGCCCAGGCAACACAACGGGGUGUUCCGCCACUCCGGGGAGGUGGAGCCCGCGGCGGGGGGGUCGGGGAGGGUGCCCUACAUGCCCCGGACUCACGGCAGGAGAGCGGGCCUGGCGCCGAUCCACUCUAGGACCAACCUCAUGGACGCGGAGCUGAUGGAUGCUGACUCUGACUUCUAAGAGUGCAGAUGUUCAGCCUCUGUACAAUACGUAAGCAAGAAGUGCUGGAUACUUUAAGACUUACAAGACUCCCCUGUUAGCAGUCUUACAGAGAGGAAAAUGCUAUAUUUGUUGCGAAUUACGUGGCAGGUUACGCUCAGUAUAAUAAAAAAGGGAAAGGUAAAAGGUCACGUUGACCAUGGGAAGGAACUCGCAGUGACAUCAGACAUCCCACAGACACAAUAACCUUCUAAACAAAUGGCCAGGCAUAUAUUUAAUGUCAUGCUUCAGUGUUGGUGGAAGUAGAAUCUGCUCAAGAUUUAUACUCUAGUUUUGAGAUAAAGACUGACUUGGACUACCAGCAUUGAUAAACUCCAGUAAAAUGUAUGAAGUAGAUGCAUAUGAACGUCGCAUUUUCAGUAUAUAGAUGUUUAAUCUAUUCCAAGUUUCACCAGCAGUGGAUUGCUGCAUUGAGUGGAGGCUGCCUGUAAAACCUGAAAAGGCUCAAAGUGAGGUGGAUUGGGAGCGCGGUUUCCAUUCCAGACCAGCGUGACUCUGCAGUGCCACUCCCACUCCAGAUCUGUGAGCCAAUCAGAGACGUGGUGUGGUGUAAGACCACACCCCCAGCUUGUCCUGCCCCCAAAAACCUGCGGGGGGCCUGUGUGUUCUUCAGUUUAGUAGAACUGAUAGACGGUACUUUCGUAGAUGAAGAAAUUCUUUGUUUUUUAAAAGGACUUUUACAUUUUAAGUCACCUGGUGUGAGCACACAGGUAAUCCUCUCUCUUGGUAAAGGAAAGGGAACCAUGGUCAUUUUAUGUGUUGUCUUUUGGAGUGAAACUGACCCCAACAAAGUGUAAAAGGGGACAUGAAUUAUGUCCAGACCUUAAAAACAAAAACCUGUGCAUGUCACGCCAUUCUGUGUACAAGGUGUUUCUGUACAGUUUUAUGAAAGAGGGUUAUUUUUAUAUGUCAGCAGAAAGUAUUUUUGUUCCUGUGUUUGGGGUCAUUGUGUAUACCUGUAGAUAAUGUGAGCAGGAGUUGGAUGUUCAGCGUAGAUUUGCUGUGAUAGUGUUUUCAGAAGCUGCACUCUGUGACAGCACAGAGACUUUAGCAGGCUGAGCUGAGACAGCCAUUGUCGUCAGGCUUUUGUAGGGAAUGACGUGGGUUUAGGAGUGAAGCAGUGACUUGUGUGGCAAGCCUGCCCACUGUGGCAUGUGAAAUGUCAUACUUAAAAUCUGUCGCUGAUUUGAUUUAUUUGAAAUGAGGACAUUCCUCUGUCAUCACUCCAUAAAAGGGACAGGUGAGAGGUGUUUAGCAGACA